GCGGUGCCUCCUCACUUCCUGGUCGAAGAUGGCGGAUGAGAAUGAGACAGCACCGAUGUCGGAGAAAGAAGAUGUAGAGGACCACGGACACUGUAGCGACUGUGAAAAUGAAGAGCACCACUCUGACGAUGGUGACAGAGGUUUGGGUGACGACACUGGGGCUAAGAAGAAGAAAAAGAAGCAGAAAAAGAAGAAGAAAUCUGGUGCCACAGAAGCAGUCCAGGACCCCCUUGCCAAGGUGAAUUCCUUGCCAGCUGAUAAGCUACAGGAGAUCCAAAAGGCCAUUGAACUGUUCUCUGUAGGCCAAGGUCCUGCCAAAACCAUGGAGGAGGCAACUCGGAGGAGUUACCAGUUCUGGGAUACGCAGCCGGUGCCCAAGCUAGGAGAGACCGUGACAUCACAUGGCUCCAUUGAACCUGACAAGGAUCACAUUCGUGAGGAGUCCUAUAGCCUCCCGCAGGGCUUCAGCUGGGACACCCUCGACCUGGGAGACGCCGGCGUGCUCAAGGAGCUUUACACUCUCCUCAACGAGAACUAUGUUGAAGAUGAUGACAACAUGUUCCGAUUCGACUACUCCCCGGAGUUCCUGCUCUGGGCCCUGCGGCCCCCCGGCUGGUUGCCCCAGUGGCAUUGUGGGGUCAGGGUUAACUCCAACCAGAAGCUGGUAGGCUUCAUCAGUGCCAUUCCUGCUAACAUCUCUAUCUAUGACAUUGAGAAGAAAAUGGUUGAGAUCAAUUUCCUCUGCGUCCAUAAGAAGCUUCGCUCCAAACGAGUCGCUCCAGUUCUGAUCAGAGAGAUCACCAGACGGGUCAACCUGCAGGGAAUCUUUCAGGCUGUUUACACUGCUGGAGUGGUCCUGCCCAAACCUGUGGGCACAUGCAGGUACUGGCAUCGCUCUUUAAACCCACGCAAACUAAUCGAGGUGAAGUUCUCCCACUUGAGCAGGAACAUGACCAUGCAGCGCACCAUGAAGUUGUACCGUCUGCCGGAGGCUCCUAAGACCCCAGGUCUGCGGGUGAUGACCAAGAAGGAUGUGCCAUUGGUGCAUCGCCUCCUCCGUGGGUACCUGAACCAGUUCAACCUGGUGCCUGCCAUGACACCGGAAGAGGUGGAACACUGGCUACUUCCCAGGGAGAAUAUUAUCGACACUUACCUGGUGGAGAAUGAUGGCAAAGUAACGGAUUUCCUAAGUUUCUACACACUGCCCUCUACCAUUAUGAACCACCCUGUGCACCGCAGUCUAAAGGCAGCAUACUCCUUCUACAACGUGCACACCACCACCCCCAUGCUCGACCUGAUGUCUGACGCCCUCAUCCUAGCCAAAUCGAAAGGGUUUGACGUCUUCAAUGCACUGGAUCUAAUGGAAAACAAGACUUUCUUGGAGAAGCUUAAGUUCGGCAUUGGUGAUGGAAAUCUACAGUAUUAUCUGUACAAUUGGAAGUGUCCCAGCAUGGGCUCAGAAAAGGUUGGGUUGGUACUGCAGUGACGUCCCUUUAUGCCAUACACAAGUGUCACCAACAGGCCAGGAGACAGCACCAUCGCACUCACCACCUGACGGAUGGACUGAUGACUUCCUGAUUCAGGAAAGGAAACCCCACCGCCCAUUUUUACUUUUUGACCUUUUGAACUAUGACCUGCACUACCGCUGCCAGGCAGGAAGGCUGGGAGAGUUUACUGCUCUUCCUCCUCCCUCGAUCACAUAGACCUUAAGCCAUUUUUACCAUCCCAAACAACUGUAUUUUAUCUGAUAGCUGUCUUGUACCAAACAUACAGGAACAGUUUGCAUGGUGUAUGGCAUACCUACUAAAUGUAAUACAGGUAAAUAAUACCAAACUUUACUGCAGAUUAUGCCCUAACACAUGCAGACUAGAACAUACUUGUUUUGUUUUAUUCCUUAAUGUUGGAAGUGCUUUUUGCAAUUAAAACAAAUCUGUCAUUCUUAAGUUUUAGAGACAAAGAAAAAUCAAAAUGAUCAACAAAUAUUUUAAAGAGAAAAAGGGUCAAAAGGAUGAGGUAAUAAAUACCAAAAGUGGAAACCAGGUGCUGGCUUCUUUUAAGAUUUCUCGACACGUGUCUUUUUGGAUUUUUCUUAUCAAACCUUUUGUCUUACCAAUCGUCAUGGGGAAGAUGUGUAUGCCUUCUGGAGUUUUUAUCAUCUGUUUAAAUAAAUUGACCCUGCUCCCCAGCUUACUGCACUAACACAAGGCCUGACACACAGCUUGAUAACAGUGGACCACCUCAGUUGGAAGGAGAUGAGAGGUUGAUGCGAUUCUGAGGUGGGGGUUACACAACACAUUUAUCAAUAGGGUUCAGAUUUGUAAGGAUACUUGCAAAGGUCAUAAAGAGCUUAGGUCAAAAUGGAGAGUGCUUGAGUGUUUUGCAGGACUUUGAGCUCAUUCUGUAAUUUGCCUGAGGAAAUCGUACAAAGUCUUAUAAAUAUUAAUA